GUUCAAAGCACAUAUGAAGCAAGUUGCAGAGCAUACAUCCUCGUAUAGUCCUGAGGUUUCGUUGGCUAUCAGUACAGCGCCGACUACAGAUGAAGAGCUUGAAGAUUUCUUCUUUGAGCAUGGUUUUGAAUACGUCGAAGGCCAUACACAGACUCCGGACGAAUCUGCUGGUCUGGCUACAUCAGCAGGAACUCCUGGGAUUCACCGUGCUAUCGAUGCAUUGAGUACGAUAAUGUGGCCAAGUAUGGUCCGAACAGAGACGACAGGUCCGAAACUUACAUCACGUCCUGAGCCCUCAAUCGCUACGGGAGAAGACACUGAUGAGACCGAUAUUGAUUACGAAACGCUCGUGAACGCGGCCGGUAAUGACGGUAAAACAAACAUGCAACGGGAAAUGGAAAUGCUGGAAAGAUGGCUUGAAGAAGACGAUGAAAAUUACAGACAGCUGCCUGAGGAUGGACAUGAUGAUACAAAUGCACAACCGACUGGAAAAUUGGACGAAGCAUGGUCCACUGCGGACUCAACAUCGCGGCAAGGACCCACAGACGCCGAAGGAUUUGAUGAUGACUUUACGGAAUUCCAAUCCGCGCCGACUACGUCUUCCCGGGAAAUACAAAAUACGGAGAGCAGUUUGAAUGAGGAUCUCGAUUCGGAAUUGCCUAGCACGGAUGACAUACAUGCCGCUGCAACUCGAAUAUUUGGUCCGCUCCCCGCGCAUGCAGCCCGUCCGGAUGCUUUUGCCGUCCUGUCAGACUCUGCAACACCUAGCGAAGAGAGUCGGCCUGCACCUCCUGAAUCGGCGGGAGAUCCUCACACGGGUACAGGGAGGUCCGGACCUGAGCUAGACAUGGAUGAACCUGCGUUCGACCUCACAGGUAUCCUUGGUGCGCUGGAUGCCAUGAAGGACGAGAUUUCCCGCAUUCCGGACAUGAGAACGCGACGGCGUGCAGCUGCCAAAGCUGCACUGGGAUUUGUAUAUGGGCUAGAAGAGACAUCUUCACCACGAUUUUUGCCGCUAGGGUCCUUCCUAAUGGAGUAA